CUUUUAGUCACAUGACUGAUUGAAAAAUGGCGACAAUCUCCAGUGGAAGUAUAUUCGCCGGGAGAAUUCGCUCGGGAUCAGAAAAAUUUGCCUCUGUUGAUGCAGAUGGAAACAAAGUGGAGGUUUUUAAGUUUUGAUGAUACCUUUUAUCCCCAUUUCAAAAUUGAAACCGAUACAUAUUUUUGUCUCCCAAGCAUUAGAUUUCAUUAGAGUAUUUAGUGUCUAGAAACAUGGUGAGAGAGAAAGAAGUAAACAACAAACAAUUUAAUUUAAUUUAUAAAUUUUAUUACAAAUUUUUAUAAAGUUCCAAGCGAAGUUGUUAAUGCAGUUGGGCCUAAGCCUAAGUGCAACCCCCAACCCAAGUGUUAAGUUCAAAUUCAACUAAGACUAAGGCAUUUAAAAAUGAUCGAAUUAUUGAUCAUUUACUUUAUUCAAAUAUUGGAUAAUUGAUUGAUACUUUUACUUACUUAGGACUUAGUUUCCUCUACUUAGUUGUCUUAGUAGGGAUAACAAUACUUGUUCACGCACAGUUCUGCGCAUGUCCUAAAAUGUCGAUAAAAUGUGUUCUACAAUAUGGCGUACGGCUACACGGUAUCUUUGGAAAAUUGCAUACUACGUAGCCUUUGUUUAUUAAAUAAUGCUUUCCUCAUCAGUGACGUAUCAGUUUUUGUGUUCCGGUGAUAUAUUGAUUUAUGCCACUAGAUUUUUUUGUGUAUCCCGGACAGUAUUAUUAUAAUGACUCGGUUAGUAUAUAAAUCGUAUAAAAUACUUUUUUACUAGUUAAGCAACCAAAAUAAGGUUUAGUUAUACCCAAUCUACAUUCAUUUUAAGACUUUUUUCAUUAUUUGAGUUAUUAUCUUGACUUUGUCUAUAAAAAGUUAUGCAUCCCACGAAGGAGUGGGGGUACAAAAUUGUCAUUUUUUUAUUUUGAUCAAGAAGCCGGAAAUGGCUGCUAUCACUGUGAUUCGUUAAUGUUAAAUCCUUAAACAGCUAAAUAAUGAUAAGACGUUUAAAAUGAAUAAUUUUAAGAAAAGAUUAUAACCAAAGUUUAAUUAUGUAGUAACCAAGGGUUGGUUUUAAGUUUUAUUUAUUACGUUAAAAAUUGUGUACGGUACCGGUAGACAGUUUAUCGUUCUUCAUAAUUAUUGAAUCAAUAUUUAAAUUUAAUAGUGUUAUAAUAGUAAUGUCAAUAAUAAUAAUCGUUUUUCUCUUAAUAAUUAUUUCAGAGAAUAUUACUAAAAUUAGGCCGAUAUAUCAGUUAUAAUUAUAAACAACUGUUAUUAUAAUCCUGCCUAAGCUUAAUUUUUCAUAAUCAUAAUUCUAUUACUAGUACUACGACAAUCAAGAACCACACUUACUAAUAAUAUAUUUUUUAGUUAAGCAUAUAUAUAACAGUUUUAUUAAAAUACAUCAAAUAAAUAAACAAGAAUCAAACAACAUCAUCGUUGUAAUUAUAUUUUUUAUUAGAACAUAGAAAAGCAGUACAUAGACAAUUAUUUAAUUUAUCAAAUAACAUUUUUUAAUAAAUUAGUCUCAUCAUCAUAGAUGAUUUUGAGUAUUUUUUAUUUAUAAUUACAUGCGUUCCAAUUUAUAUAUAUAUAAAAAGACUACUUACCUUUUUAUAAAUAUAAUAAUUGAUUUAAAAUGUAAAUCAAGCAUAAUAAAAUUAGUUAAAAUUCAAUAAACAUGUUAUUUUUUCGUUUUUUCCUGUAUAGUGAUGAUUUUCCCAAUUUUUCUGUUCACUUUUUUCUGAACAUACCCACAAAUAAAUAAUUUAAAAAAAUAAAAGUCUUGAUGUUAUGUAAAAGUUUUGUUGUUUAUUGGGUUGUAUAUUGCAUUGAGAUUGUCUCCUGAAAAUUUGGUAGCAUUAUCUUUUAAAAUCCAAAAGUUUUGGGCAAAAUAAGGCAGAAAUUUGGAAAGUGGGUCACACAUUUUUUCAGUUAAAUACUAAGAUAAAGAAGGGGGUCUUAAAAAAUCACCAAAAAAAUCAUAACUCCACUUCUAUAAAAGAUAGAAAGAUGAAAUUGAUGUUGUUGUAAAGCUUAUAGCUAGCCCUUUAAAAUGAUGUAUCAUUCAUGUCGAUCGGACAAUAUUUAAAUUUUGUGUCAAAGUACCUAGUCUUAGUCCUUAGUAAUAUGGGGGAGAGACUGCAAUCAUGUUAGGUCUUGGUAGAUAGAACAUCUAUCAAAUAAGGAAAUAAGCGAAACAAAGUAACGUAAUGUUAAUGUUUUGUUGCUUCUUUUUUUUUUCAGGCUUUCCCUUACUUACUUUUUUAUGCUUAUCUUCUGGCCAAUGUACUAUCACUUUUAUAGGCCUACGUAUUACUUGCAGUUACAGUACAGUAACACUAACAGUAAUUCAAAUGGGGGUAGAAUUGGAUGAGAGGGGUCAUGAUGUAGGGCUAGAGAUGGGAACCAAACUUUACCCUGCUGACAACCAAACCAGAACCCUCCUGAUGACAGAACCAAACUCAAACUUCAAAAUCCCUAAGUAUGAACCAACCCGAACAAACCUAUUGAUACUUAUUAUAACCAAUGUUUUACGAAUGUGGCAGGUACCAGAAAUGCUUAUAUUUAUAUUUUAAUCCUAGAACACCCCCCCCCCCCACCCCUUCCUAAACACCAUUUCACGUGUAGGCUUGAUUUCUAUAAUGCGUGACAAAUUAAACAAAACCACUGUAGCCGACUCCUUUUAUCCAGUGUGACCUUAAGCCGCUACUGAACCCAACCCAAACUUAAAUUAUUAAUGAACCCAACCUUGACAUGAACUUUUUAAAGAAGGGUUCAAUUCCCAUCUCAAUAAAAUAGCACCCAUGUUGUAUACUACUUUUUUGACAUGACUGCCAUCUUUGUUGCAAAGUCAGCAGACACAUAAAAAAACAGUAUUUCACAACACAGUGGUAAAAGGAGAAAAUUAGCGAUACAUUUGGUCCAUGGCAGACAUAGCAACUUUAUUCUAUCCCUCUAGCUAUGUGGAAGAAGUGUAAAUUACAUGCGGUUUCCCCUUUCUUGACAUAAUUUCAGUCCGUACAUUUAUUUUGAGUCAAACAUAGUCCCCCGUAGAUAUGCUGCAAGAAGUGUUAAUGACAUGUGGCCACUCCCGCCCCUCAAGUAUCAUUAAACCUCGGCUCUCACUAAACCUCUGCUUUCCAUGUGUGCUAGUUACACAUUGUGUUGAAAAUUGUAAAGCGGAAAUAUGCAAUAAAGAAUUUUGAAUUGUUUAUCAAAAUAUUAAAAAUGAUGCAAACCAAACUUACAGCUUCAUGGAAUACACUUUUACACACUUUAUUCCACCAAAAGUAAAACACAAUGUCAGUGAAUUGAUAAAAGUGAUAAACCUUUUAUCAAGAUGACCAGACUUCUGCUACAAUCACUCCCAAUAUUUUACCUUGCAUUCAAAUAUUAAUUAAAAAUUAUGAUGAUGAAAUCAUCGAUCUCAUCAUCAAUCGGUGUGUCCCUUUGUAAACAAAGGGCAGCUCACUCAUUAAAACAAAACAUGUAAACGCAUCAUGACCCUCGUGCUCUAUUUUGAUCCUAUUGGGCUAUAAGUAUGUUAUAAGUUAUAUUUGUAGCUAUAGGCAUAGGCUUAAUAUAGGUUAUAUAGCAUUUUUUAUAGACAGGAGGCCUAAAGCCCUAAUAGCUAUACACAUAAAAAAUAAGCCAUAUAUAUAGCAUAUGAAGAGGAUUAAAAAUGCGGCCCCCUCGCAAAAAAAAAUUGCAGCCAAUAGCGUGACCACCAUGAACAUUACUUUUGUUAAUGUUGAUUACUUACAUUAUAUGAAAGAUGUGUGUGUUUGGCGCAGUGUUGGGAAUUCUCAUUGAUAUUUAGUCAAGGUAGGCCAUGGGGUGUCAUUCAAGAUCUUGAAAGUCACAUCAUAUCUAGGGAGGGAAAGACGAUUCACACUUUCAUAUUGCUAUCUUAUCUACUUCUAAUAAAUGUAUUUAUUCAUUUUGUCAAAAUCUCUGAACAGCUUAGUAUUUAGGAAUCUAUUAUAAUAGUGAUUAGACUGUAAAUUCUAGUAUAUUACUUCUGUCUACUAGGGUUUCUCUUUUACUGAGGUUUCACUUAUCCCAGGAAAAUAGGACAAAAGUCACUCUCAUCUAGGGUUCUCAGGAAAUCCUGGGAUUUAAUUAAUGUAAUUAUAUAUAUUUAAACUGAAUUAAACUAUACAAGAGUUGGUUUUAAUAAUUGCUUAAUUGCUUUUGUCUAUUGAAUGAAAAACAAUGUUAAGCUUACUUGAGAGGUGGGUCACUUGCUACUAAUUGAUUCAUUUCCCUGUGCUUAACCCUAUUAAUAGAUAGCUAGAUAAUAACAUGAUUUUUAAGUUAAAGACUGAUAUGACUUGUAGAAAAAUCCUUUACACUUUUAGUGAGUUUUGUAUUCUUUACAGGUCACAAAUUCUAGUCGUAAAUCAACAUUUCUAUCUAUAUAUGUAGAAUUAUGACUUACUAAGUUAAUUUUUUAAGAAAUAAACACUAUUCAUAAGUAGUAAUCUUCAUGUUUUAGAAAUGUUACAUUAUAAAUUGUGAACUAUAGUUCCUAAGUAUGUUGUAUCUUUGCAGGUUGAAACUAGAGAAGAUGAAGAGCAAAAUAUUAAGCUACAACAAACAAUUGAUUUAUUACUUGCUGCUGGAUACUUUAGAGCUCGCAUAAAAGGGUUGUCUCCAUUUGAUAAAGUUAGUAUUUUAAAAAAAAGACUUAGAUGUAUUAUUAUUUCUAUGAAGAGUUGAUUAUUUAUACAAAUGUAACAUACUUUAUUGACAGAUUUCACAUUCUUUUCCUUUUCAUUGAGAGACUGCACAAAUGUUGGUUCAAUGCCUUUACUCAAUGCACACCUCAUCUCUGCCUCUAUUUACUUCAGCAAUUCAGGAUCUGUAUUUUGAAUACCAUUUUCAAUGCAGCCUGUCUUUAUUCAGAGUGAAGUUGAAAUGCCACAAUAGCUAGUUACAACAUUGCGUUUGGGAAAAUACAAGAAGAAUAAAUGAUUUUUUAAUAAGGCAAAUGUGUGUGUUAAAAAUAUAUUUUUGUUUACUGUUACUUACCAUAAUCAAAACAUUAUAGCUAGCAUUUCAGUUAUGUGUCAUUAGUAAACUGGGGAGUUAGCUGCUUUUAUUCAUACUUUCAUAAUCUCAUUUGUACUUACAACGUAGAUUUUUUAAAGUCCCGAAGGUGUUAGUUGAUCAGCCAAUAAUAGUGCAUUUAACAGCACUGUCAAAUAAUGAUAUAAAUGCAAAGAGAUUUUAUAGAUACUCAUUAUACAUAGUGCCAUGAUAAUUUUAAGUAAAGAAUAAGGAUCCUGCAUCAUCAAUUAUCAUAAAACAGGCCUUCUGAAAUGGGAGUUCAUGAAGAGUGACUUAGGUAGUCCCUGUUUUAUCACUGUCUAACUUAACAUGUUCCUUCCCAUCAGGUAGUUGGAGGAAUGACCUGGUGUAUCACCACAUGUAACUUUGAUGUUGAUGUAGAUUUGCUCUUUCAAGAAAACUCAACUAUAGGACAGAAAAUGUGAGUAUACUUAGUUUGAAAUCAAUGCAUUAGAAGAAAAAUAUUUUUGAAAAAAUUCUGGUGAGCUCAAAAAGUUUUGAACCACUGCUAUAGAGCUUAUGCUUUUUCUGGUUUUUUUUUAACAGUGAGGUGGUAUCAUUAUACAAGUUUCAUUUCAGAGCCAUUUGUUCCAAGGCAUUCAUUUAACUUUUUAAAAUGAUCACCUUCAUUAAUAUUUUAUGUCCUCAUGACUGACCACUAUUGGUUUGGAAAAAAAUGUUUAAGAACUUUUGAAAGAGCAUGCAUCACUCAGUCCGCAGCACUGUGUGCAUAUUAGAGUGCAAUGAAUAUACAUCUUUGGAGCAUCGCAAAUUUACAUUAUAGUCAGGGCCGGCCUUAGGCCACUGCAAACUAUGCGGCCGCAGUGGGCCCCACACUUUCAUAGGUCCUGCGCUAAUUGCGUGUAAAUUAUUAAAUUAAACCAUUAUAACUUAUAAUCAUGUAUUGGUCAGCGUGAUGACAUACGAAAGUUUACAGCGAGCCUCGAGCAAGUAUUGACGUCAUCAACAGACCAGUCAGCAGAUAUAUGUGGGCGAGAAUUAGCAGAUGAAAUGGAAUCUUUAAGGCAUAUUCUACCAAAUAGCACCAAAACCCCGGUAGAAAUUUUGGCUUAUCUGUCCACUAAUGAAAGAUACACUGCUUUCCCAAACUACUUUGUUGCACUCAGAAUAUUUUUAACAAUACUCGUAACUGUGGCAUCUGGUGAAAGAAGCUUCUCGCGCCUGAAACUUAUCAAGAAUUUCUUGAGGUAAACAAUUCUUGAAGAUAGAUUGAACAAUUUGGCAAUUCUUGCUAUUGAGCGUGAUCUAUGUAGGAAACAGAAUUUUGAUGAUAUACUGUAUGACUUCGCUACACGCAAGGACUUUGUACUUAGUAAAGAAUGAAUAAAAGGCAAAGAUGAAUUUAUUUUCUAAUACAAAAUCUUAAUUUUCACUUAUUAUCCUUAUCCCUACCCAGACUGGGCCCCGCGCAAUCCGUUUCGCAUAGGGCCCUGCAAUUGUUAGGGCGGCCCUGAUUAUAGUGAUAGUGGAAAAAUCAUCCAUCCCUGUGGUGUUACAGCCCAUGUAGGGCUUUGGCCUGCCUCACCUGUUCCUCUCAUUCAGACCUAACUGCUGCUUUUCUUUUCCAUGCUUGGAUUCCCAGCUGCUUUAGAUCUUUUUUUUCCACAUCACCCAUCCAUCUAAGCCUAGGUCUGCCUUUGAGCCGUUUUCCUCUGGGGUUUUGGUGGUACACUCUCUUCACGCCUUUGUCAUUUGGCAUUCUAUCUCAGUGUCUCACCCAGUGUAGACCGUCUUUUUUUAAUUUCUGCUACUAGCAUGGGAUCCUAAUAUAGACUGUACAUAUCCAUGCCUUUGGUCAGUUUGGUUGUGAGUGAUUCCAUCUGAUGAGUUAACUUUAUGUAUAUUUUUGUGUGGAAAGUUGGUGCUGCUAACUGUCAUUCCUUUUCCUUAAGGAAAGUCUUUGAGUCGGAUCCCAUUGUCACUGGAUACUUCAUGUAGACUCUCCUUGCCAAUAGUUGACAUAAACACUUCUUCUUUCCCUAUUUUGGCAUUACAGUCACCAAUCACUGUUUUAAUAUCAUGUCGUGAUGCCUCAUCAUACAUCUUUUCCAGUGUCUCAUAAAAAAAUUCUUUUAUCUGACCUUCCGUAUCUUCGGUGGGAGCAUGAACAUUUAUGAAUGUUAUAUUAAACAUUUUUCCUUGCACAAGCAAAGAGCACAAUCUCUGGUUUAAAAUCUAUGACUGCACUAACGGCUUCUUUCUUCAUAGCAAAUCUUGUUCCAAGAGUGUUAGUGUUUUUUCCACUAUAAAAUAUGGUGUAGUCUUUUGUCUUGAGGAUGUCUUCAUUUGUUCAUAGAAUUUCUUGCAGUGCAGCAAUAGAGAUUUUAUAUUUAAUUAGUUGAUAUAUUAGGUUGGCUAAAGCUUCUGUUCAACACAGGCUUAGUACGUUCCAAGUCGCAAUCCAAAAAUCAUGUCCAUAUCCAGCCAUUAGUCGAUUUCAAUUAGAAUCAGUCCAGGUUUUUUUUGUUGUUUGGUUUUCGUAUUGUGUAUUUGUUUAUAUGGCCGGGUUUUUAGUCCUGCGCACAACCAUCUGGGGGGCUGCCCCUUACAGCUCUCUGGAUAGCUCCCUUAAUUUUUGGGUAAGGUUCCCUAGCCUUCGUUGAUCCCUCCUCUUCCUGAAAGGCAGUAGGUUCUGAUUUUGGUCCGGCCCUAGGUGUUUUAUUUACCCAGUACUCACCAUAUCUGGUGGGCUUUCCCCUAUCCACCACCUGGGGAGGCGCUCGAUUCAGCAUCAGUAUCUACGCACAAUGAUUCAUAUGGUGCUCACAAUAGCCAUGUUAACCUGGAUCUUCCAGACAUUUUCUUAUGUGCAAAACUGAUAACCCCAGUGCUCACAUUUUUGUGACCCCAGUCAAACACAAUUAAACAAUCAAUUUGAUUGUUAAGAUAUGAAACUUACAUUUUUAAAAUUUUUGUACGUUCAAGUUCAUUGACAGAGUCCAUUGUGGCCGUCCUUCCACGGAUGAAAUGUCCACACCGGAUUGAGCCCCAUCAAAUUCAAGGCUUGGAUUUCAUCCACAUUUUUCCAGUUGUACAAGUGAGCAGCGUCAAUAUUUACUGUUUGAGAUAAUAAUAAUAAUAAUAAUUAGUGGUCUUAUAUAGCACCUCCCUUAUGUCAACACCUACUCAGAUAAACCUUGCACAAGUUGAAAAUGAAGAAAGGUGCAAACAUUGAUCAUUUUGUUCCUUUAUUUAUUUCACAUAGUGGCUGGUGAAGAGAGCUAUAGAAACAAGGGAAGAGAUGGGAGAUUACAUUCGUGCAUUUUCCAUCUCUCAAUUCAGCAAAAAUCACAAGAUGCCUGAGGUAAUUAAGGAUUUUUUGUUUGACAGAAAUAUAAGGGAAAGCUUUAAAAUAAGGAAGUUAGUUCAAAGAAGAAUCUGUCUAAUAGUUACAUUUUGUCUCUCCGCCCACACUAAGCACUUCCAACCUAGCCUAUCACACAAAGAGUUUUCAGAUCCCUAAUGUAAUCCACAUAAUGUUAUAAUCACAAUAUCUUUCUAUAUAUAUUUCAGCUCACCAUAAAGACAGGGAAAUAAUAUUUUGGGAUUAGAAUUAAUCUUUGUUGUAGUGCAGCUUAGCUUACCUUGACCUCUUUGUUGAACACAAAUACAGUACUUUUAAUUUUUGUUUAUUGCUAUCUCAAGGUCACCGUAACUUGUUCUAUGUAAUCUGUCUCCAAAGUCUAAUCAUACCACUCUACAUGUAACCUUGUUAUCUCUUUUUCUAAGCCCAUCUUACAUUUUAGGGUCUUGGUGAAAAAAAUUACUUGGUAUACUUAUUAUAUCAGCCCUCUACACUUUAAAAACAUUAUCUGUUUUGGCUGGAUAAAUGUGUGUUGGGUGCUUGAGAAUGAUGAGUCAGACUGGGAAAAUACAAUGUAUGUAACUUGUUAUCUUCAGUGAUUGAUAAUUUUGAAGAACUAUUGAGAAUACAAUUUGUCUAAUAGAAAUGCAAAUAUUGUUUAUUCUGCUUAAAUUUUUGUUCUGUUUCAAAGGAUGAAGCAUUUGAGGCACUGAAAGACAAGUCUUUAGAAACUUUAUCAAACGUGAAGGUAAUGAAGAAUGUGAAAGAAAGAAGACAAAAUGUGAAAUUAGAUGUUUUGUGGGCAGGGAUCAAUGUUCUUAGUGUCUGUCACUGCAUUUUUUUUUUUUUUAAAGCAUUUAAAUUUGGUUGCCUUUUGCUAUGCAUUCUACUAUCUGAUACAAUGCUGUACUGGAACUAUGUACUCAUGUUGGGUCAUGAUCACAUCUUUUUUUUUUUAAAUGACGGUUGUGCACUGUUAAAUCAUCUCAUGUGGAUGUGCACUGUUAUCUUAUCUCAUCUCAUGUGGAUGUGCGCUGUUGACUUACCUAAUCUCAUGUGGAUGUGCACUGUUAUCUUAUCUCAUCUCAUGUUUAAAAUUCUACAGAAUUAAUAUGAAACAUUUGAACUCAUUAAUUUUUUUUAAGGAUGCUUAUAGACCUCAGAGGCGUUAUCGUCGCCAUGAUGUUGAUAAACUCAAGGAUGAAGAGACUAGAGUCCAAUCAACGCUUCUGGAAUAUGGAAGGUUUGGAUGACUUAAUAAACUACCAGCUAUAGCCAAUUUUGAAGGACCGUUACUUAAAUGAUAUAAAUUGACCAUUAGCUCCUUGGUCGCAGGAUCUCAGCCCAUGGCACACUGGUCACAUGUGACCAUUUAAGUGUUUAAAUGCAACAGCAGCCUCAUAAAAAUUUAAGUGGUUAUAUUAUGCAACAGCAGCCUCAUAAACAUUGAAGUCCUAUACCUAUUAAUGGGGCAUUUUUUUAAUAAUAUAUAUAAAUCCAGACUAUAGGCUAUUUAUAAAUUUGGUAUUUCCAGGUGGCCAUAUUCUGCAAGCAGGUAGGGGACAUCUGUCCUAGGAAAUACAGUUCCAAAGUUCCAUAAAAGGGAAAAAAAAGUUUUUAUGUGUGAGCUGUUUUCAAUCAUAUUUAUUAUUAAAAUGUAUAAUGAUAAUUUUUAUAUUUUUUCCCCAGACAAUAUGGUGUCAUUCACACAGAGAAAGAUCAAAAGGUAAAAAUAGAAACUUGUUUAGAAUCCUAUUUUUUGUAUUUGUUAAGAUAGUGUCUUAAUUUAGUGAAUACAUCACAAUAGAUAUAGUCAUUAAAUGUUAUUUAUUUAUCGACUUCUGCAAAAUAAAAUGAUUACACCUAUGACAGUGGACCACAUUUCAUUUUUUUUAAAAUGCAUCCAUUUUCUUUUUUUUUUUAUUGACAAGUUUCAAUUUUGUUGUUGUUAAGGACGGAGCAGCUAAAAAGAAAGGUUUGCCCCCUGGCCUGACUAAAGAGACUAAUGAUGAGGAGGUUGAUGCUGAGGCUGAAGAAGAGGUGGGUCCAAUCAUGUUAAAAUGGUGACUUAAAUGUUAUAUGACGUGUAUUUAAUAUGGUUGUAUUGGUUAUUCAUAAAUACUAGAAAUAACUGCCAACAAUUUUAGUGGCAAUGCCUGAACUUCUAUGUCAAGUUACUUGACAAAGCAUGUAUUCAAGUAAAACACUCUAUAAGUCUCCCAAUUAGUGCUAGCUACUGGGAAUUUUAUUUUGCAUGCCUAUUGAACACAGCAUCACAGUCAUACAUACAUACAUGCUUAGAGAAUUAUAAUUUGUGAUAGUUGGCUAUGAAUUACAUUUUUUUUCUUCCAAAUUUGAUAGCUGGUGAAAGAUGUUUCCAUUAGUUUUACAAUGAUAGCUGAUCAAAGAUGUUUCCAUUAAUUUUACAAUUCCUAAAUAUUUUAGUUUUAAAAUAAAAACAUAGAAAAAAAACAACUCAUUUAAGUGUAUUAAAUUUUAGCGCAUCAAAGCCUUGAUGAGUGGCAUGUCUGCCAUGGAAACACAAGAGGUGAGUUCUACAAUAUAAAUUUUCAUUGUAUUUUGUCUUCAGUUAACAAGCAAGGUGCACAAUCCCUUGAAAACUCACACUAAAAUAUGGAUGUUCUUUUUUCUCCACUAUUAAAUCGGGACUAAAUUUUAAAAAAAAAUAACAGUUAUUGAUUUUGUUAAAUCAUUCCAAAAUAUAAAUAUGCAGAGUUGGUUGUUAAGAUGAUCCCAUAAUUAAAAUAGGUUUUGCUUACAUUCUACUAAUUAAACAAUAUCCUUCCACAUUGCAUGCCAUCAUGCUAAGGAAGGGGGAGAAAGAUACAAAAUUAGGAAAUGCAUUUCUUCAUUUUGGAAAAACAUAUCUAAAUUUUGGAAACUUUCACUUAGUUGAGUGGCUUUAAUUGUCCUUUCAUGAAUCUAGUCUUUUUGAUGUGGGCAUUGUUUAAUGUUGCUUAAAAUAUAUUUUUUUAAAAAUAAAAGAUAAAUCAGUUUGUUUUCUUUUGAACCAAACAUUUACUAAAUAAUUUGCUGUGCUAUUAAAAUAUGUUUAUUUUGGUUUUGACACCAAUGUAUGCCGCUUGCUAUUUAUUUUUAAUUUAAAUGUGAUUAGCUGUUGAUUUUUAUCAUAGUUUCUAGCAUAACUCCCAAAGUGGGCAGUAUUGCUCCCAGGGUUGGCGGGAUGCCCGGGGAGGGGGGGGGAGGCGGUAAAUUGAGCUGUGGAUUUAGGGGGCUGUUGGGACCACCUAAAGGGGCGGUGAUGGGUUAUAUCAGAAAAACUGUUUGAAAACAAAAUUAUAUAAAAUUUGAAAAACAGAUGCAUAACUAUGUCUUGAAAAGAGUCAGGAAUAGACAUGAGUCAAACAAUGCAAGUGUCAUGUAUAGACGUGAGUCAAACAAUGCAAGUGUCAUGUAUAGACAUGAGUCAAACAGUGCAAGUGUCAUGUAUAGACAUGACUCAAACAAUGCAAGUGGCUGUUAACAACAAGAAAUAUUUACUAAGUAAGGAAUAAUCAAUAUACUGUGCAAAAGAAGGGAAUGCAAAUUAAAGAGGAGCAGCCAAAAUAUUUUUCACUAAAUUCUCUAGAAGCAGAAAUAAAUUAAAUCAUAACGCCUAUUUUCCCUGGUGAUAAGGGUAAAUAUUGAUUGUUAUCAUUGCCAGGUUUUGCAAUCUCACACAAGAAAAAAAUUAUUUUACACUUAUAGAAUGCAAAACAUUGCCUGAGUUGGCCUUUUAUGUCUGUUUACAUGUAAGUUUAUAAGUCUUGUUAUUUGACACUGGUAUUGUUUGAGACGCUGCUUCCCUCAGUGCCAGCUCCUAAGUCAUAAACAUGACUUAUUCUCAGAAAUAUUUGCAGAUUGAAAUGAAAUGAUAUUGAAAUUAAAUGGGAGAUGAUGUCAAUCGUAUUAAAAACAAAGAAAUAAACCUUACUUUCAGAUCUAGAUUAACUCUGUUCAGUAGAGAUAUUGGCUAAUAUCUAACCCCGUUGGACUUGGAACUGAUGGGAUGAUAAAUCAGUGGCAUCACUAGGGUACCCAGUGCCGUUACUAGGGUUACCCAGUGUGUCACUAGGGUUACCCAGUGUUUUCACUAGGGUUACCCAGUGGUGUCACUAGGGUUACCCAUUGCCGUCAAGGCAUGGUGCCACUCUCCCACUUUUCAGACUUUUCAUGGAUCUCACUGAGUCUGCCUCCUCAGUUGAAACCCUGCUCAGGUGGCAACCUUUUCUGUUUUUGUUACCUUCUCUGGUUGCAACCUUCUCUGAUGACACAUUGCUCUAUCUUGUGAUUCUCUGAUGACACAUUGCUCUAUCUCGUGACACCCUGCUCUGUUGGCAGCCUUCUCUUGUGAAAGCCUUAUCUUGUGAAAGCCUUCUUUGGUGACAGCAUGCUCUGGUGGCAACUUUCUCUUGUGGCAGCCCACAUGCUCUGGUGGCAGCCUGCUGUGGUGACACCCUGAUCUGUUGAAACCCUGUUCUGGUGCAACCUGCUGUGGUGACACCCUGAUCUUGUUACACACUGCUCAUCUAUUAUAAUGAGUUCUUAUUUUGAACAGACUUGAGCGUACUCUGUCAAAUUGGCAAUUUUUUAUUUUGUGUCGCUCUUUGCUUUCCACACCCCUAGUGACAUUACUGCUUAAAAUAUCCCGUGACCAUUUUACUUUGGUACAUAAAAUUGUAUUAGAGCUAUUUUUGGGACCUUCUCUAUUGGAAACUUUAGAUGGGGUGAACAUCCAUUUUUAGCUGCAUAUGCAUUUGGUUGUUUUGAUUAAUAGCUGAUUCAGAGCUGUAGCCAAAGCUUCAGAAAUUCUCAUGUUAUUAUUAUGUACUGUGGAAAGUAGUUGAGGAGCUCUGUUCUUACUUUAUGCCAAGCCAAGAAAUAUAAUCUAUGUUUAUGAAAAUUUGAAUUAAGAGUGUUUUUAAGUUACCUCAAACUAGACUGAACAAAUAGUAUAACUUUCCUAAGCCAAUCCAAAGCAUGCAGUAAACGUAACUGACAGAUGUAGUAGAAAUUUACAUUCUAUUUCUAAGUGCCUAAUCAUAAUUCUUCUUUAAAAAGCCUGUAGUAUUGAUGGAUAAAAAAAUAUGUAUGAUUUUUGUGUGCUUUUAAUGAAAUAUUUUUAAAAUUUAAAGAGGUUCUUCUUAAACUACACAUGGUUUAUCAUGAGAUAUCCAUUUUCACAAAUCUAUUUUAUCACUUGUGUCAGUCAAGAAAAUGCAUGUCUGUGUAUUGAUGUUUGUUUUGCAUGUUUGUAUUUUCUGACAAUUCCCAGGGUAAAGUAACGGCCAGUGCAGUAGGAUCCAUAGUGGGGAUGAAAUCACAAGAGAUCCAGCAAAUGGCAUCAGAAUAUGCCCAGAAAGUAAGGCACAUUUUUCUUUGACUUUAUCUACUGUGGCAUCUUGCAUUAAAAAAUCUACUGCACUAAUAAAUUUGUGUUGCCACUUUUUCCACAGUGUAAUAUGAAGAAAAUAGUUGUUAAAAAUAUUUUUAACGAUUACUUUGAAACAGUGUUUGGUCCAACAGUAAGUUUAAAAUAUAAGAAAUGCUGAUGAUUUUAGUGCCAAAUUUAAAGAAUGAUUGUUCUUGAAAUUGGACACCUUUUUAAAUAAAGAUCCUUUUUCAAUUUCAAAUCUAAAGUUUUAUUAUAGAUAUGUAAAAACUUAAGUAUAAUAUGUUAUAACCAAGCAGUUAAAAAAUAUAAAUAUCAUUAAAAUAAUUUUUCCCCCAAUGUCCAAUAAUAAUGAAAAUAUUAACCAAAAAAUAACAAAACAAAUUUUCUUUAUCAUCAUUAAUCUGCAGUUCAAUGGAGACACGAAUGUCAUUUUUGUGUGAGAUCUAGUGUGAGCUUUGCACAUAAUUAUGAAAUGUAAAACUAUGAUUCUAUGUUUUAAUUCUGCUGAUUUUAAUUAGUUAGUUGAAUGGAAUAGCAUAAUAAAUGGGGGAGGAGUAGCAUAAUAAAUAGGGGAAUAAUAUGAAGAUGUGAAUCCUUUAAUAAAAUAAUUUAAAAAAACGUUUUGUAUGGAGUGAAGAAAAUAAAAAAGAAUUUUGGGAGAAAAAAAUAAGAAUAAACCAAGUGGGAUUUUCGCCCGCAAUAAGUACUCUGAAAUCCUUUAAUUAAAUAAGAUUUUUAAUGGAUUGGUUAUAUCAUAAUGUUUUUUUUAUUAGAAUAUGAUACAAAACACCCCCUAAAUGAAUUUUUGUAUUUAAAAACCCUUAAAUGUUUUCUGUUAUAUCAUUACUUAGUUCUGCUACUUCUUUUAAACUUAUCUCCUAUAAUGUUUUGUUACUGCCCUUGUUCUUGCCUUUUAAAAUAAAUGCAAUUAUAAAUUCUCAAUUUUUGUAAACAAACAUUUUCCAAAUGUUGCUGAUUCUUCAAUGACAUUUAUUCAUGACAGAUUGUAUUGGUAACAUAUGGGUGGUAGUAGAUGCUAUUUACUCCUUAAGAAUUUGUCUCAUUCUCAUUCACAUCUUAGUGUUUGGAUCAGAAAAAUUAGGUUGUGUAAAUUUCUGGAAGUGUUUAUUUUUUCCCUUUUCAAUGACUUUCUCCAGCAAGCAGAGAUAGAGCAGAUGGAAAAACAAGAGCGCCAAGGUGGUGCCCAACAACACAAGAGAUUAACCAGUGCUCUCAAGAAACAGAUAGAGCUACAACAGAGCAAGCUGGAUGAGGUCAGUAGUGAAAACUGAUGAGUCAGUGCUGGAUGACAAUAAAAGGAAUAAGUUUUAAUUUUUCUUCAGUGUCUGUCAGUGCAUUGUCAUAGAGCUCGAUUACUCCAUCUGCAGUUUUAAUAGAAGCAUAUAUUAGAUACCUUUUAUUUUUCAAAUGAGGCCUACAUCCAAGAUGGCUGCUUCUUGUUAUUAAAAGAUUGGGGACUUAAGUAAAUAUUGUUAUAAUCCUGGAUACAGUGAUAUACUUUAGGUUUUGAGCAUAUUUGUACUGACUCAUCAAAAUUAUUUUGACUUCACUAUUACUAUUAGAUCUAGUUAAAGUUCUACCAAACCUAUUACAGCAGCUUUGAGAUUUCAGUAGAAAUUUAUCAAAUCUAUUGCCUCCUGUUCAUUUUUAAUGGGUUUACUUCAAGCCAUCUUAGUUGGGAAAAUGUAAAAACAAAUUCUGUUUACCAUAACUGCAGACAAGUAACAAAAUAAAUAAUUUAAAAAAAAAUAUUUCACAACACAACGUUUAGUUUAAUGUAGGCCUAAUGUACAAAUCAUGGCACUAUUGAGAUUAUUGCUCACCAGGUGGCAACAAAACACAAAGAGCUCCAUGCUGCCUAUGUGGAAACUAAACAAAAACUGGAGGAAGUUCAACAGCAAAGUUCUACCAUUGAUACUGAGAUGGAGAGACUUGCUGAGAUAGAGGCUGGAGAAAACCAGGGGUCAUUAUUACGCCUUUAUCCUUUUUUUUAAAAAUGGCACUCAAGUUUUCAAGAAAUUCAUUAAUCUUAUAAAUUCUAAAGAAAAUUUUAUCAUAAAAUUUAAUUGAAUAUUCUUCAAUUUAAUUUGUUGAAAAUGAGUCUUCACAGCUUUUCUAUUGAAUUUUACUCAUGAUACCCUUUUUUAAGAAAUUUUAAGGCACUUGUGUUGAAUUGUAUAAAUAUGUAUGUGUUAUCAUGCCACAUUUCUGUUUGGUUUCAUCAGCAUCCUUCAGACACUGCGAUCACUCGUAGCAAUGAAUGAAAAUUUGAAAAAACAGGAGCAGGAAUUUAAAGCCCAUUGUAAGGUGAGCGCUUUGGUUAAAUGUGAGAGCUUUGGUGAUAUGUGAAAGCUUUGGUUAAAUGUGAGAGCUUUAGUUAAAUGUGAGCACUUUGGUGAAAUGUGAGAGCUUUGGUUAAAUGUGAGAGCUUUGGUUAAAUGUGAGAGCUUUGGUUAAAUGUUAAAGCUUUGGUGAAAUGUGAGAGCUUUGGUUAAAUGUGAGAGCUUUGGUUAAAUGUGAGAGCUUUGGUUAAAUGUUAAAGCUUUGGUUAAAUGUGAGAGCUUUGGUGAAAUGUGAGAGCUUUGGUUAAAUGUGAGAGCUUUGGUUAAAUGUGAGAGCGUUUGUUAAAUGUGAGCGCUUUGGUUAAAUGUGAGAGCUUUGGUGAAAUGUGAGAGCUUUGGUUAAAUGUGAGAGCUUUGGUUAAAUGUGAGAACUUUGGUUAAAUGUGAGAGAAUCAGCUAACAUCAGGUAAGAGGGUAAAAUAAUUUUGAUUAUUCAAUCAUUAAAAAUUAGUGGAAUAUCAAACUAAAUGGUCGUUUUUUUAUUUAUAUAUUUUAUUGUUGUACUUCCAGGAGGAAAUGACUAGACUGAAAGAAAACAUUGAGAAGUUGAAGGAAGAAGGAGAUGAAGCAGAUUCAGAGGAUAAGGUAAUUUAAUAUGUAUUUACUUUGGUCAGGCUUAAUAAAAAUAAUAAAAAAAAGAGACAUGAUAUCUAUAAUUUAAAAAAAUACCAAAUGGAAAGGAAUUGAAAUUUUCUUGCCUCUUUGUUGAGCUCAGCCUGGCCCACUAAAUUGUCCCUUUUCAACAGAUUGCACUACAUGAGUCCUGCUCACCACACACCCCAUGGCAUUGGGGUUAGAAUGGAAUUAAAAUUUAUUGAAUGUGUGUUCAUUUCUGAAAAAAUAACAUGUUUUAAUGAGUACAGUUUAAAACUUGACCAUCAAUUUAAUGAGUACAGUUUAAAACUUGACCAUCAAUUUCAUGAGUACAGUUUAAAACUUGACCAUCAAUUUCAUGAGUACAGUUUAAAACUUGACCAUCAAUUUCAUGAGUACAGUUUAAAACUUGACCAUCAAUUUCAUGAGUACAGUUUAAAACUUGACCAUCAAUUUCAUGAGUACAGUUUAAAACUUGACCAUCAAUUUCAUGAGUACAGUUUAAAACUUGACCAUCACUGUUGUUUUAGGAAAGAGUGAACCUGAUUGACAAACAGUAUAAUGCUGAUAAAGAAAAGUUGCACAAGAUCCGUCUGUUACUUGUAAGUAAAACUGUAUGCUGCUUUAAAAAUUUUAUGUAAUUCAACAACUCUUUUUAUAUCCGUUUAUUUAAGGCAGUUAUCUGCCCUCUUAACUAACUAUUGUGUGAAAAUAACAUUUAACAAAACAAGCCACCUAACUUUGGAAUAAUUUAGUAAUGUCUCAAAGAAAACACAAUAGUAUUUAACAAUACAUUCUUCAGUUUCUUUUCAAUUUAAUUUCAAAUAAUUCAAUGCAAUUUCUUUAUUGACUUCUGUAAUAAAAUGCAGAGAGACAAUCUUAGCCACUUCUAGUCUUGAUUGAUUUAUUUCCCCAGGCCAAAAAAAAUCGUGAAAUUUCAGCACUGCAGAGAAAGAUUGAUGAAGUACCCUCUAGAGCAGAACUCAGUCAGUACCAGAGAAGAUUUGUGGAGCUUUACAACCAAGGUAGGCAUCCAGCUGAAAAAAUAGACCAUGUUAUGUCCUGUCAUAAAGACCAUGUGGUGUCCUGUCAUUAAGACCAUGUGGUGUCCUGUCAUAAAGACCAUGUGGUGUCCUGUCAUAAAGACCAUGUGGUGUCCUGUCAUAAUUGACCCCAAUGGGGAUUAAGCAUAUGCUCCGCCCUAUUUGCUGAUGACUUUGAUAAACGUGCUUUGAUACCUUUUUAGAGAGAUGCUGCAGCUUUCAUUUCAUUUAUUAUAUUUUAAUCUGAUCACCUUAUUGAAUAAGUUGAAAUUUUAGUUAGUUGAAGAAUCGGUGGUCGGCAGUUUGUUGUCCUGAAAGAUACCAUUAAACUGGAGCUUUCAGAAUACAAGAAUGUUUGCAUUCAAAACAAUUAAUGUCAAUGUUAAGUCUGGCACGUUCCACCCAAAGCCACUGAUUCAUGACCUCUAAUGUAAAUGUUAUUCCACAAACUAAAAACCAUUCCAGGGAUUAAUUUAGGGAUAGUGACCGAGGGCCCUUGUGUAUGGCAUUGCAGUUAUUGGGUUUAUUUCUGUCCCCAGUUUCAUCCAAGCACACUGAAACUAAACAGUUCUUUACCCUCUACAACACUUUGGAGGAUACCAAGACAUACUUAAAUAAAGAAGUACGUUUUUUUUUUAUAUUGGCUGCAUGAAUUUCUUAAAUAACAUGCAUAGUAAAACAGAUUUUUUUUAUGGUAAAGAUUGAAUAAAUUUUACUAAAAAAUAUUGUGUAAAUUUACUUUUAUUUUCAUUUUGAAGAAAAGUUUAUAUGUACAUAAUUUGGAAUAUGCAUUUUUUAUUAAUUUUAUUAUAGUUAAAAACAUUUUAAAACCAUUUUCAGGUUCAGCUUUUGAAUUCAAUUCAUGAUAACUUUCAAACGUAAGUAACAAUUAAUGCCUUUUACAUCCUUUUACGGCUUGAAAUAUUCAUUUUUGAUUGAUUUUGACUGUACCAUUUCUUUUUAUAAGUUUUGUCUUAUAGCUAAUAAAGCCAUUUAUUUUGUUUGUUUAAAAAAAAUUUAAACUUGACAUUUUUUAAAAUCAGUACAGUAAUUUUUAGAAACAUUUUAAACCAAAUGCCAAAUUUGAGCAGGUGUGAACCUAGCUAUUGAAUAUGUAGAAAAACUGUAACUAAACCUAUCCUGCUUUUAUGAAAUAUACAGAAAGUCUAGAUAUCCACUUUUUAAAAAUAGUACAGCAGCUAAUUUUUUUUCACUCAAUAAUUUUUAAAAAUUUCAAAUUGUAUAAUUCUCUUCUCAUAUUGAUAUUUUUUCCAUUUGUUCAGAGCUAUGUCAUCACCAAACAAUAAAGAGGCUUUCCUUAAGCAAUUUGAGCAAAUUGUUGAAGGGGUCAAACAAAACAAGGCUAAGGUUUGUUUAAAAGAAUUUUACUAAUAAACUAUAUUUCAUUAGACACAGAAUGCAAUUAAAAUUUUAAAAAAAGAUAACAAACUUGAAUGAUUUUUUUUGUUGAUCAGGAUUUUUCUUUGAGCAAAUCUAAAUUUUAAAUAUUUUAUUUGAUGUAGACUUCCCCUAUCUUAUCCUUUGAACAGGCUGAGAAGAAGAGACAAGAGGAGAAAAUGAAGAGAGACCAGUUCAGUGACCAACAUCUGGACCUAGUUGAGAAACAGAGACUCUACUUCAAGACUGUCAAAGACUUCAAGGAGGAGUGUCGUAAGAAUGAAAUACUGCUCUCGAAGCUGCGCAGCGGUUAGCAUUUAGUUACUGGAAGCAGGGGUAGCUUUUAGUUACUGGAUGUAGCAUUUAGUUGCUGGAUGCAGCGGGUAGCAUUUAGUUGCUGGAUGAUAUCUAAAUAAUUUAUAAAUAAACAAAAUACUUUAGGAAUAUUAUUUUUCAUUCUAUGAGUAUGUAACUCAUUGCAAUAAUUUAUUGGUAAAUGUAAAACUAUUUAAAUUGUCUUAUCCUUUCAUGCAAAAGAAAAACAACAAUUUUGGCAUUACAUAUUAAAAUAUCCAAUCAAUACUCUUAAUUAUGUAAUUUUUUCCUCUAUAUGUACUUACUUGCUUUUUGAAUUUUAUAUAUUCAUGUUUUUCAAAAGUUUUACUGAAUACUCUGUGGAUAUUGAAAUGUUCUUUUUGGUUCUCAUGGAUCAGCUAUAACAUUGCACAUAAACGGCAAUAAAUGAAAAUAAUUUCAUGUGUUCAGCUCUGUGUAGCUGAUGUGGCUAGUAUCAGCUAUUUCUAGAACUAUUAUAAGCUAUCUGUUCACAACUUUCAUAACCAUUGGUUGAGGAGCUUUUUUGUGAUAUUUUCUUACAUCACUUUAUUGACCCAAAUGACCAGGGCUGGAUAAAAUGCUAGUCUAAUAUGUUUUUGUAUAUUAUUCACUAAUAUAAAAUAAUGUCAUUUGUUAUAGAAAUAAUUUAAGGAGACCUCCCAACAAGGGUGCUUGAUUUGCCUGUUACUGCUGAGUAUUGUUUAAUUUGAAUUGAAAUGUUUACAUAUAUAAAAAAUAAUCCUUACUUGUUUCCAAUAAUUGUUUUAAUAUGAUUAAAUAUAAUUUAUUUAUUAUUGAUAACCAUAUGUUAAUAAUUCAGAUGUCACAAUAAAAAUGUUCAUGAUG